AUGAGUCGUAACUUCAUUACUGCUGCUCUCACAAUCGGCGUUGGUGUCUUUACAGGCUACUACACCUUCCAACCGGCUUUACAAGAGCUUGCAGUCCAGAAAGCUCAUGGUCAAGUGCCUGGUUCCUCCCCCGAUGAGUCUGAUACCAAGAAGGAUACCAGCAUUCCCGUCAACCCUCCGGCCGCCAUUUCCAACCCUGCCGCCCCAGGGUCCGAGUCAAGCAAGUAG